AUGUCAAAAUUUUUGACAUCAUCACCUUGGAUGUACACUACGUGCAACGAAGAUGACGAACCUCAGGGUAUACACAAUAUGACUACAAUUAUGACAAACAUAUUUGUUUUUCUGGACACCACGUGGCCGUACUACUUUGUCAUGGAUUAUAUUAACUUCGUACUCCAACGACUCAAUAUAAAUCCAUAUGCCAGCGCUGUAACCUUAUUGUCCGCCGCGGAUGGCACCAUAAUGGUCAACACCACACACUAUUUGAUGGAAGUUUUUGAGAAAUGGAAUAUCACAACACACUCGUGGUACAAGCCCGGCUUCAGUCUACCACAAAUCCUCAACUCUGCCGUAGAUAUGACGCAAAAUAUUAUGAAUGCUGAUCGCAACGCCUCCUCAUUGGGUGGCCGAUCGCUGAUCGCUUUACUUGUACCCAGCCCCGUAGCCUUUGUACCCGAUUGGGAUAUGCGAUAUGCUCUUCAUUUUCUUGAGCGGCUCAACUACACAGUGCCGGACUUACAUUUUCUCUACUACGGCGGUGGUGGGCUCAUACGCUUCAAGGAUCUUGUACGCAAUCCACACCAAGAUCUUUUUCCACUCGGAGAGGAAUACGAUGUGUGGGCGGCUGGAAAGCCCGUAAUAAGGCGCAUACGUGAAAUUCCACGUCGCCUCGUGAAUCCGCGUUGUGGCGCCGAUAUGUACGCCAGCUCCACAGGACCCAACGAAAUGGUACAAUAUGUACGCACAGGCGACAUCAAUUUCUAUCGCAUAAUGCCAAACUACUUCUUCGGUUCGACCAGCAUGCGUUACCUGCGGAUACGGCCGUUAAGCCCAAUAUCUUUCAUUGUCUGCAGCUCCCGCACAAAUGCCUUGCCGUACCGCCAAGACGGCGGGGAUCAGCCGGAACAGGGAUGUGGUCAAACUGCUGCCACUAAUGGCUAUGCUUUGGACUUAAGUGAACUCUGCAUUGGCUACACAUACAUCACCGAUUGCCCACCACUGUAUGUGUCCGUACAAGCUCAGCAAUUCGUCGGUAGCAAUGAAUUGUCCUGCACCGAUCCUGCCUGUCAGUGGCCCGAUGAAGCGCAAUUUCUCAUUUACGAACUAUCAGCUUGCCAAACCACAACUUGGGAGGAAGUAAUUGUGGAGGAAUCAGUGCAGGAUAACUCCGAGGCGUCCACUCAAGAGCUUGCACAAACUACCUCUUCCAAUAACGGUAGUACGACAAAAGAAGUAUAUGCACAGGAAGAGUUGUUUGGACAAUAUUUUGAAAUUAUACAGAAGUUUCUAAAAUUAGUGGUAGACCAAACGUCGGCGGUAGUACAAAAAUACGAUUGA